GGCCUCUCAGCCAUGUUGAGAUGUCGCUCAGCGCUGAGAGCUGCAGCCCGCCAUUGUGUAGAUUCUAAGCUCUGUAGAGAGACAGGGGCACUUGGCUAACUCUCAAAUAGACAUUUCAUAUACCCUCCCACUUAAAUUAAAAACGAAUUAAAAUACAAAAGGCUCCAGGGAGAAAGACAUGUCAGCCAGCAGCCUUCUUGAACAGAGACCGAAAGGCCAAGGAAACAAAGUGCAAAACGGAGCUGUGACCCUAAAGGAUACCUUGAAUGAUGAGUUUGAGCCUUACCUGAACACUCAGGCCAGACAGAGCAAUGCGUAUACGGCCAUGUCAGACUCCUACAUGCCAAGUUACUACAGCCCUUCCAUAGGAUUCUCGUACUCCCUGAAUGAGGCAACAUGGUCCACUGGCGGCGACCCCCCCAUGCCUUACCUGGCCUCGUAUGGACAGCUGAGCAACGGGGAGCACCACUUCCUGCCCGACGCCAUGUUCAGCCAACCCGGCCCGCUGGGCAGUAAUCCCUUCCUGGGCCAGCACGGCUUUAACUUCUUCCCCAGUGGCAUCGACUUCUCGGCCUGGGGCAACAACAGCUCUCAGGGACAGUCCACGCAGAGCUCUGGCUACAGCAGCAGCUACGCCUACGCGCCCAGCUCGCUAGGGGGCGCCAUGAUUGACGGACAGUCCCCCUUCACCCAGAACGAGCCCCUCAACAAAGCCCCCGGCAUGAACAGCUUGGACAGCUUGGCGGGGCUUAAGAUUGGAGGUGGUGCUGGGGAGAUGGGGGCGCCCAAGGUCGUGGGCUCCGGCCUCCCCGGGGGACCCCUGGGCCACAGCCAGGUGUCUGGUGGAGCUCCCAGCAUGCCACUGACCCCCAUUGCCCCUGCCAAACCCGCAUCCUGGGCAGACAUUGCUGGCAAGCCUGCCAAGCCUCAGCCCAAGCUGAAAACCAAGGGGGGCAUAGCGGGUACCAACCUGCCCCCUCCGCCCAUCAAACACAACAUGGACAUCGGCACUUGGGACAACAAGGGGAACCUGCCUAAAGCGUCCACCCCACAGCAUGCGCCUAUCCCCAGCAAUGGGCAGCCGCCCAAUCAGGCCUCCCCUCAGCCUGGCACCAUGGCCGGAGGGACCCCACAACUACAGCUCAGCAACGGACAGUUGGUGGCCCCUUUGGCCCAGCUUGGGCAGCACCAGUUCCCCCCGAACGGGCAGCAGGGCAUGGGGGGGCAGCUGCAGGUCUCCCAGGGCCCCCCACCCACCACUCAGCCCACUCGCUGGGUCCCUCCACGGAACCGCGCUAACGGCUUUGGGGAUGGCGGGGUGGGGCAGUCUCCCCCCAACUCUGGCGUGGGCGGGGUGCCGGUACCUUCAGAGCCCCACCCGGUGCUGGAGAAGCUGCGCCUGGUCAACAACUACAACCCCAAGGACUUUGACUGGAACCCCAAGCAGGGGCGUGUGUUCAUCAUCAAGAGCUACUCUGAAGACGACAUCCACCGCUCCAUCAAGUACAACAUCUGGUGUAGCACAGAGCACGGCAACAAGCGGCUGGACGCCGCCUAUCGCUCGCUGGGUGCUAAGGGCCCCCUCUACCUGCUCUUCAGCGUCAACGGCAGUGGCCACUUCUGCGGCGUGGCGGAGAUGCGCUCGCCCGUGGACUACAACACCUGCGCCGGUGUGUGGUCGCAGGACAAGUGGAAGGGGCGCUUUGACGUGCGCUGGAUCUUUGUUAAGGACGUUCCCAACAGCCAGCUACGGCACAUCCGCCUGGAGAACAAUGAGAACAAGCCAGUGACCAACUCGCGGGACACGCAGGAGGUGCCCCUGGACAAGGCACGGCAGGUGCUGAAGAUCAUCGCCGGCUACAAGCACACCACCUCCAUCUUCGACGACUUCUCCCACUACGAGAAGCGCCAGGAGGAGGAGGAGUGUGUGAAAAAGGUGGAGGUCCAGGGAAGCGAGCCGUACCCCAGCAACCCAAACCCCAGCAGGAGUCAUUACAGACUUCAGGAGCGCCAAGGACGUGUCAAGUAACAGUUACUGCUUUGGGCAAAAGACUGCAAUAGCCCCCACUUUCCACCCCAUCUCACAUUCAGAUCUUUCAAGAAAUGCAAAAUGGAGGGGGAAGUUAACCAAGGACAAAAAAAUACGACUAAAUGAAAACUUUCUUGAUUUCUUUUUACUUUAAAAGACUUACUUCGAACUUGUAGUAAAAGAAAAAGAAAUUGUUAUUCAUAGGACUACAACAUAAUACAUAGCAUCCUUAGGUGAAUCUCUUUUGCCCCACCCAACCCCAUUUCACUACAUAUGCUUUUUUUCUGGUAUGCUUUUUUAAAAAAUGUUUUUUUUUUUUUUUUUAACAAUGAUCAUCUGUUUUUACAGUCCGAGAGCAAGUCUGUAAUUCUUCUUACGUAAAAUUCUAGUGGAAAUGUUUAGUUUCGGCUACUACGCUACUAUUAGUGCCGAAAGUCAAGGCAGGCCAUUUGUUUAAUUUCUUUGUAAACCCCUCCAUCCUGUGGAAGAUUAAUGGAUUCAAUCAGGACGCAGAUCAGGGGUCUCUUCAGUGGAUAUUUGUCGUGGGUACUGUCAUCUCACCCUGUAAGGAGUUUGUUUCCAAUGCUUCUGUCAUAAAAAAGGAGAACUGAAAUGAAUGUUCGAGAUGACCAUGUUUUUUGGAGGGGUAAGGUGUGGGGGAAUUGAAAGUAAAAACAUUACGUUUAGAGCCUUGGUCAUUGUAUAAUUAUUUUAUAGUGUUCAAUUGUACAAAACGGGCCCUGUUUCCAGUCCUCUUUCUUGGACCUGUUCAGUAAUGUUGCUUUUCUCUUGCCAUUUUUGUUUCUUCCUCCCCUUCCGUUUUCUUAAAGACCAAGCUGACAGUGGCCUCGCCCUGACUCUUUCUAUUAAUCAGUUCAAAGUAAUAAAUGUGGUAUACUCAGCAAGAACAUGUGCGUUCCCCUCGUUUGACUGUAAGCACUUGUCAUGCUGUGUGCUUCCUUUUUCUGUAUUUAAAGGUAAAUGAAUGUUUUAUUACUUGGUAAUUAAGCCCUAUACCCUCGCACUUAAUUCUACCCCAAACACCCCUCUUGCACCACUAACCACCUUUAUCCCAUCCACAAUGUCCCCUCUUCUCUUCCCCUCCCCUGCUGGCUGCUCAAGCAUACCACCACUACCCUUGCAAAAUGUCAAUGUUGGUGGAAAAAAAUAAGGUCCUUUUUCAAAAACAACUGGCUUUUAUCUGUGGCAUAAUAAAGAUGCUCCACAAAAGUCCA